AUGGCUUCCCCAUACACUGAUCCAACAAGAUUUGUUUCCACACGGUAUCAUCGUGCAUGGUUGGCCAGUGGUUGCAUCUCUGUGCUAAUUUCCCUAGCCAAAGCCGUUACCGGUGCAUCCAGAUCCAGUCCACGUACAUGGCUCCAGUUAAUAGCAUCAGGCCUGGUCGGGUACGUGAUGGCGGACCUUGCUACUGGAAUAUAUCACUGGGCCAUUGAUAACUAUGGCUGCUCCAAAACUCCUAUAUUUGGACCCCAAAUAGAAUCAUUUCUAGUCCACCAUCGAAUUCCAUGGGCAAUCGCAACACGUCCAGUGGCUUACAACCUCCACGUUCUAGCUCAAGGAGUAACUUUCAUGGUGCUUCCUAUAACCCUUCUUUAUAACGAUCCAGUUCUUCUAGGAUUUAUGGGGGUUUUUGGAGGAUGCAUUAUAUUUUGCCAGCAAUUUCAUGCAUGGGCUCAUGGUGCAAAACCCAAGCUUCCCCAGCUGGUGGUGGCGCUGCAAAAUGCUGGAAUAAUUGUACCGCGGUUGCAACACGCAGCACAUCAUCGUCCUCCAUACAACAGCAAUUAUUGCAUUGUGAGUGGAAUGUGGAAUAGAUUUCUGGACAAGUCCAAGUUUUUCGUGGCACUGGAGAUUAUCUUGUUCUAUAUGCUUGGAGUGCAACCAAGAUCAUGGACUGAACCCAACUCUGAGUCGACCCAAGGGACUGAAUUUCAAGAUUAUUGA